AUGGAGAGCUCUGCUGCUGCUUCAUCGCUCUGCGCUGUGUUACAUCAUGGGAAGAAGCGUAAAUAUAGAGAAAAUGCAUUUACUGCAAAGGUUGAAAGCGGAACACUAAAGGUGAAGAUAACAAAGAGAGAUCAACAAUGUGUGAACAAUGCAAUGGAUAUUACAACCACAUCCUCAACGACAAAGAAUCGACAUGAUGCUGCUAGACAAGCGGUCUCAAAGUCGCCACCGAAGCCGAGACCUAAUAGGAAACAUGUACCUAUCUUUUACGAGCCACAGUUUCGUCAACCUAUUAAGCGAAAAGAUGUCCAUAACAGCUCGUAUGAUGCUUCAUUGACUCAUUUGGCAUCAUCCACGAGUGAUUCAGCACCGUUCACGAUGUUGAAAGGCGCGUCAGACUUGUCAGACGUCAAACAUGAGUCGAAGAGUGACAGUGAAAAGGACGUGGAUACACCGUCAAAGACAAACUCCUUGAUUGAUCGUAACGAUACCGAUGGACUGGAGACGUUGCGCAAUGUCCUGCGGUCGCAUUUACAUUCUUCAGCAUCAAGUGGACUUCACAGACUAUCAUUAAGAGACACACAAGCAGUUGAAUCGACAUCGUCUUCAGAAGUGCUGGUAGACCAGAACAUUGGAUUAACGUCCGCGCUACACCAGCUAGCGUCGUCGUCGGCAUUAUAUCGCUCUGUGUUGGAUGAACUACCGAAAGUUACACAUGUGCAGCCAUCGACAUUGUAUUCUGCUGCCGCUGGAAACAACUCGGCAUCUUUGACCACUCCUACCACGACAACAUUGGCAAAAACAGCGUGUACGAACCACAACUGGACACAUAAAAGUUUGGAAAACUACCAAUCUGAUCCACUGUCUACCUUGCAGACAGCAAUUGAUCAUGCUCGACGUGCGUCACCAGUGAAUGAAAGCCCCAAUCAGCAAAUUGACACGUAUCACGAGGUUGGCAAUAGCACUGGCAACGCUCGAUUCUACAAACUUGAACCACCGAUUGUUUCCAAGACAGCACACAAGAAGAAAAACAUCUCGACAGCGACAAGUGUUAGUGCGCUGCCGGAAUCUCAAUCACUACAAAGUUCGCUCGUGGGAGGUGGAUUUCAACGUCCAACUCCGUCCAAGCUAGUUUUCAAUGUUGGUGGUGACAAAGUAUUCGCUUUCACAGACGAUAAUGCUAAGGACGCAGCUACUGCGCUUGGAGUGCCACCGGAUAUCACGCCAUCGUUUCUAUUCCAAAAUUCACUUACGAGCGGAGGCAUUUCGGUGAUAGAUUUUUCCAGAAUGUCGGACACAUCCGACUCGUUGACAAAUUUAGUUAAUCAAGCGAGCGAGACAAACACCAAAGACACGAAUGGCCCACCAGCACGUCCGCCAACGACGCAAGUUAACCUGGAUAAACAAAUCUCAAUCACAAGUCUCGCUAGCAAGGAUAGCAGCAUUGGUAGAAGCAUCAGUUUGGCAGCAUGUUGCACUCCUGCAUCCACUUCGGGCACAGUUUCUACCUCUUCAAACACUACUACUCAGGACACAAUGAGUAACGGAACAGUCGAUUUGGGCUCGCCCCCGGGUGACCCUCCUGCCUUUACGAUCGGAAAUUCGCUUAUGGGAGGGGGGCAUCGAGUUGCAACCUGCUGUCGCGAACGUCAGUACGCAUAG